UGCGUGUGCGUGUAUGAUGACUGGCAUCCACAUCCAACCCGCGGUGGUUUGAAGAAUAUCCUGGACGAAACCUUUGUUUUUUAAUCUUAUGGGAGUCCUGACAGCCGCAGUUUGUCUGUUGGCAGCCGUGGGAGUGGGAUGUCGGCCAGUAAUUUCACCCCUCAAUGAUGCAAAGGUUGAAUGUAUUGUUCAAGAAACGCUGAAUGGAGAUGGGUCACAACAUGAGUGCAACCCUCAGCUAGCAGCGGAACUUGAUGAAGUACAAAGACACCAGAGUCUGCUCGGGGAGCUGCAGAGGCUGGCUGAUGAUGAGAGAGAGCGGUAUGAAUACAAUCUAGCUGAUGAAGAGAGCGAUUUGGAGCCGAAGGAUGAGGGGAGCGAUGCGGCCAAAACAACAGUGGAAGGUGAGCCCAAGAAGAGGGAGAUGGAUGAGCCAAGGAUUGACGAUACAGGGAUCCAUGAUGAAGAGGAGAAAGCUAAGGAGCUUGAGGAGCUGCUAGCUGAGGAGAUCAGCAAGAAGGAAAAGGAGGAGAGAAAUGAUGAGGAGCUCAAAGAGCUGCUGAGAGAGUUGAAAAAAAAGCGUUACGAGAUGAAGGAAAGAGGAAGUCAAAAUAGCCCCGAAAAAGGUCAGGAAGAAGAUGACACAAAGCCAAAGAUGGCAAGAGACAAAAAGGAAGUUCAGCAGCAGAGUGUUGCCGAUCAGAGGAAGGAUGAGGUCGAGCUGAGUGUGGAGAAGGAGAAGGUGGAGAAGGAGCUGAUGGAGUUGAAGAACAAGAAUAAGCCAGAGGAGGAGCGGACGAGGAAGGAGAAGCAGGAGGAGCUGGAUGAGCUGGUCAAGAAGAUGCAACGAGUGCAGGAAGAGACGCAAACAGAGAAGAAAGACGACGACGUGGACCACAGUAAGCAUGAGGAAGAGGACGAGGAUGACAAAAGAAAAGAUGACAAUGGUGGAGGAAAGGGAGGCCAAAAGGAAGUGAGGAGCAAAGAAGGAGCAGUGGAGGUGAAGGAGCCACAGCAGAAGAGAGUGAUGGAGAAAGCCAGCGACGAGGCCACUCGCCAGUUUGAGAGGGAGAGGUUUAAGGAUGAUGAAGAGGACGAUCAAAAUGGGGAGGAUGAGGAAGAUGAGAACGAGUACAUCAGAGAGGAUGAAGACGAUGAGGAAGGCGGCUUGGAAGAGGACGAUGGGGAGCUUCAGAUACGCCAUCGCUCGAGCAAACUGAAAAAUAAAGAAGGACCACAAUCGCAGAUGCACUUUCAGCCAUUUGCUGAACAGGACAAACAGGAGCUGCUGGAGAUUGAAGCACAGUUACGUGAAGUUGCCGCAGAGCUGAGAGAGCUGCGGAGAGGAUGAACACCCUCGCGCACAGUAGCGCUCGGUUUCAUUCUCGUUCACACAUCCAGCUGCCCCUGUUCCUAUUAGCAGCCUCUGUAUCCCUUUUUUUGAUGCAAAAUGAGUUUAUUGCGAAUGGUUCCCGCUGUUUUUUUUUCUCCAUCUGUGUCAAUGCUAUGCUCAUUUUAGUUUAGGAGUCCUAUCGACUCUCUGAAUUCAUGCUUUUUGCAUAGUUGACGUGAACUCAGCAUUCAGUACUUUUAUUUAAAUGCCUUUUCUAACGAGAAACUUGGCACAGCAUCUUUGAGUGCUGAGUCAUGAAAAUGGGCACGCAGUGCUUCUUGUCUCAGAUGUUGCAACAGAUUCUCAAUAAGCAAUUUCUGUGUAUUAAUAUCCGUUUUGUGCAAUAAUCGAUAGCUAUAUGUUAAGUGUUAUGACUGUUACGUAUAACCGAUAUUUCUACCCAAGGGUGAGUCAUUUAUUCUUUGAAGAAAUAAGGGUGGUUUCAUUAGGCUCGUGUACUGUUAAAAUCAGACUGUUUGUGAUGAACACGGGUGACACUAACAAAACACGAAUGGAUUUGGUACGCUGAUCCGUAUGUCAGGUGUUGAGUUACACAGUGUGAGUAGAUGGGACGUGAUGUACUUAAAGCUUACAAGGUCUCAACGUGUCACUUGAGGUUCAGACAGAUUUGCACUCUUAACAAGCCAAGGACGAGGCAGGGAUGAGGAAGACACUCAAGCCAUUUUCUUGUCUUUUGGUAACACAAAACAAAAUAACCGUUAUAAUCGCUCAGUGGUGUUACAUCACAUUUGCAGUGGUUGCCGUCUUGACUUCUUUGUGCUCGUGUAAAUAUCAUUGCGCCAAGGUCAUAGGGAAUAAAAGGCAAAAGCGCCCCCAAGAGGACACUGCGUCAAAUUGCACAAGUUACAGAAUUAACAGGGUUACCAAGAGGCUCACUUAACUGCAAUAACGCAUUGUACACUGCAGCACACAUGAAUGCAAUAACGAAUAUUAAAUAAGUAAGCCAAUAUAGCAGGUAUUUUAAUACUUCAUUAAAGUGCAAAUAUAGAACUCUAUAUUCUCUUUUCUAUACUGCCAAGCAUUGCAAUCUUGUGUGAAGUUUGAACACACACACUAACACAAAUAAUAGUUAGCACGAAUAAUCUUAGUACCAUCCAUUCCAAAGAUGAGAUGUUUAUUUAUUUCACAAUUAAAGAACUUGUUUUUGUACAUAUGUGUAAGUUGCAUCAACCAGCAAGGUAGAUGAAAGAUACGUGUGAAGAUGUUUAAAAAAACAAAAAAACUUGGAAGAAUUGAAACAAAAUAUUUGUAAUAUUACUGGCCAAUAGAGUGCUGUAUUUUGUGCCUGUUGUCUUCUCUGCUACCCAUUAAUCAAUAAAAGAGUAUGAAACACA